AUGGCGUCGAAACUCUUCCCCGUUUCGCGCGCCUCUCGUGCGCUGCGCCAGUUCCCCUCCUCCUACAGAUCCUUUUCCGCCGCCCCCCAACGGUGCAGCGACGUCCUGGCCGUGCACCGCAACAAGCCCACCAACAACCCUUCCCUCCCCUUCCAGUUUUCCGACCAGAACCUCAAGCUUGCCGAUGAGAUUCUCAAGCGUUACCCUCCCCAGUACAAGAAGGCCGCCGUCAUGCCUCUGCUGGACCUAGGCCAGCGCCAGCACGGCUACACAAGCAUCAGCGUCAUGAACGAGGUCGCCCGCAUGCUCGAGAUGCCGCCCAUGCGUGUCUACGAGGUCGCUACUUUCUACACUAUGUACAAUCGCGAUCCUGUUGGCAAGUACUUUGUGCAGAUCUGCACUACUACCCCCUGCCAGCUCGGCGGCUGCGGUAGCGACGCCAUCGUCAAGGCGAUCAACGAGCACCUCGGAAUCACACCCGGCCACACCACCGAGGACGGUCUCUUCACCUACAUCGAGGUCGAGUGUCUGGGUGCCUGCGUCAACGCACCCAUGGUCCAGAUCAACGACGACUACUACGAGGACCUGACCCCCGAGUCGAUCAAGACCCUUCUGACCGCGCUGAAGGACUCUGCCAAUGCCACCAACGCUGGCACCAAGAUCCCGGCCCCCGGCCCGCUAAGCGGCCGCAGCACCUGCGAGAACAGCGCCGGCCUGACCAACCUGCAAGAACCCCCCGUGUGGAACCCCGAGACCAUGAUGCGCAAGGACAACGCGCUGGACGAGCAGCCCCAGCAAUAG